AUGGUUGAGGUAUUUACACCUAUACCUCAACAGAGGAAAACACGCACUGUGUACAUGCAAAGCAGUGACGAUGACUUCAUCAACCCCCCAAAUAAUCCUGACAGUGAGGAAACAUUAAAGCGUACAAGGGAUGAAGACAAUGAACAGACCCCAAAAAGGAUGAAGAAGAAAAGGGUAACUUCACCACAUGAUUGGCUUGAUCCAUCGUUACAGUUGCAUGUUCCUCUAGUUGAUGUCGACAAGGUAAGGUGCAUUAUAAGGAACAUAGUAAGAGACUGGGCACCGGAGGGUCAAAAAGAACGUGAUCAGUGCUACAAGCCUAUCCUUGACGAGCUCGAUCGCUUAUUCCCUAACCGAAGUAAAGAAAGGCCUCCAUGUUGUUUAGUCCCUGGUGCUGGACUUGGGAGAUUGGCAUUAGAGAUCUCCUGUCUUGGUUUUGCUAGUCAGGGAAAUGAGUUCUCCUAUUACAUGAUGAUCUGCUCGAGUUUCAUUCUUAAUCACACCGAAGUUGCUGGUGAAUGGACUAUUUAUCCUUGGAUUCAUAGCAAUUGUAAUUCUUUGUCAGACGAUGACCAACUUCGGCCUGUUUCAUUUCCAGAUAUCCAUCCUGCAAGUGCAGGAAUUACUGAAGGGUUUUCAAUGUGUGGUGGUGACUUUGUUGAGGUGUAUAGUGAUGAAAGUCAAGAAGCUUCUUGGGAUGUGGUUGUGACUUGCUUCUUUCUGGAUACGGCACAUAACAUUGUUGAAUACAUUGAAAUAAUAUCAAAGAUUCUCAAAGACGGAGGAGUCUGGAUAAAUUUGGGCCCCCUACUUUAUCAUUUUGCGGACACUUAUGGGCCAGAAGAUGAGAUGUCCAUUGAGCUAAGUUUAGAAGAUGUUAAGAAGAUAGCUUCCAAUUACGGAUUUGAAUUGGAGAAGGAGAAAAUGAUUGAAACAACCUAUACUGCAAAUCCUCGAGCCAUGAUGCAAAAUCAUUAUUUUGCAGCCUUUUGGACGAUGAAAAAGAAACAAAGGACAUAAAACUAUUCGUGUUCCAUAAGCGUUCUUUUCAGUGCCAACAAAGGUGCGGUGAUGUUGUUCUGGACAUGAUUGUUGUUCUAAUUGAACUAGUUAAUGUGAGAACAGGUGAGGUUGAAUGUUUUCAAAAUGGUUUCUUUAGGUUUCUUCAUGGUGUAGUUAGAUAAAUGAGAUGGAAAAUCUUGAACCUAAUGUAUUCUAAGUGAAGGGAGAAGAUGGGAUGAAGUUCUUGUUGAACUUUGCUGCUGGAGAU